UCUUCUGAUGGUGUGUUGGCGGUGGGGACAGUGUUGGUGAGCCGUAUGAACAUGGGGGAGAUGGAGGAGAGGGACAUGGAUCACAUCACGGCCGACGUGCAGCAGGCCCAGAAGGUGAGGGUGUGUGUGUGUGUGUGUGUGCAGGCCACUGUUACUCAACAGCUCCACAACACUGACAAAACUACUGACCACAACACUACUGACAGCACCACUGACAACACCACUGACAGCACCGCUAACAACACCACUGACAGCACCACUGACAGCACCACCGCAAAUUCAAUUAACAGAGAGAGAUAGGGGGGUGUGUGUUUACGACACAGAGAGAGAGAAAAGAGUGAGAGAGAGUGUGUGUGUGUAUGUGUGUUAGAGAGAGUCGCUCCCCUCCAGAUGUCUCGGCUAGCACUAAUGCUUGCAGGAUUAGUCUGUCACUGCUCAAGUGGCCCAAUGAGAUUCAUCAAGCCCUUACAGCCCUUGGAACCUGGGUGAGUUUGUUUGUGUAUGUGUAGCCAUUGGCUUAGACAGCCUGAGUGCUGUGUGUGCUUAUGUGCACAGACAAAGAGCAUUAGAGAAUUAGAGAGCGAUAGAGAAAGAGAGAUGGAGCCCCACACAUCCUUCUUCUAUGUGUGUGGGGUAGUCGACUAAACCUAGUUCCCCAUAGCCUUAUAGCCUUCCUACCAGACUCACCUCGUUCCAAUAAGUGGCAUCUCCCUUGUGAGUCCAUCCCACCUACAAUCAACCACGCUAAUCCACCACGACAUGCUACACUGCACCAUCUGAGAAACACAGGAACGAGAGAGAGAAAGAAAGAGAAAGAGGGAGAGAGAGCUGAUGUCUUCUUCCGAGAUCGCCAAACACCUGAAGAGUGCUCAAACGUCCUCCCAAUGGGGUGCUUUCACACCAAAAACAAAGUUUAUGUAUGUACUUUACCUUCAUUUGACUAGUUAUUACACCCAAUGGGAAUAUUUAGUUUAGUCUAAAAUACAAUAAUAUGUGUACCACUGUACCUGCAACAAGAUCUCACGGUCUCACAUUAUGACGGUUAAGUUUAGGCAUUAAUUCCGACUGGUUAAGGUAAGGGUUAAGGUUUAGGAUGGUGUUAAAACAGAAAGAAAAAAAAUGAGUGCCUAGCACUGAGAUUGAACCUGCGAUCCUCCGAGCCGGAGCGCAUUGUUUAAGACCCUCCUCUAUCCCCAUCCACAACGCGCUAGCAAGCCGCGAGCCUACUUGAUGGUAAUAGGCAUUCACACUGUCCAUAGUGGAUGGUAUUGAAGGCAUCUCCCAACAUCCUGGGGUCCUGGACAAAUGUCGAAUACUGAAGUCGAUCUGGGAUGACCUGGCUGGUACUUGUACAUGAAUGAGGAGGCAGUCAAAAUGGAUCUGCGUAUAGUAGAAAUGAUGUCUUUCUGAGACAUGAGACGAUAACAUAACUCAGUAGCAUAGGGUGUUCACUGACCCAGUCUAUCUGUAGUCUGUUGACACUUCUCCUCGUCGCAGCAAAAUUAGCUUCGCUCUCUGUGCCUGCAGUGUGUGUGUGUGUGUGUGUGUGUGUGUGUGUGUGUGUGUGUGUUGCCACUGUGAGUAAGUCGGCGUCACAGAGAGCGGUCUUAUAUAAUUGACUAGGGCUCUAACAUGGCUGGCUGCCUCUGGGUCCUGCCCUCUGUUGUUGGUGUAGUUUGUGUGUGUGGGUGGGUGGGUGUGGUCGGUAAGGUGGGUGGGGUGGAUGGGAGUUUUGAUUUGACAAUUUUUCUUAAUGUUUACACAGCAAUUUUUGUAUUCUUUUUCAGUUAAUUCACAACACAGCUGUGCUGCUGCCAGCAACAGUUUGGGUCUCACUGUGCGUCCCUUUCAGAUGGUUUAGCGUUGCAGCUGUACUAACAUUACUGUACCUCAAUUCCACCUCGCAGAGUUAGCAUUUCCUUCUCAUUUAACUUCUCUGCAAUUUUUUUCAACUGUUAACGACAAUGAUGUGGUGGUGGAGAGUUGACUCCAAAAUAAUUGAUUCCUUGACUUCUUGCACGUUGACUCCCGGUGUCGACUCGCAUUUCUGAGUGUCAAGAUUCCUAAGAUUCAGUAUUCUGAGUGUCAAGACUCCUAAGAUUCAGUAUUUUUGGAAUGGAGGAGACUGAUUUGUUGCCGUAUUUCUGAGAACACAAACACUCGCAUCUUUCAUAGCGAGCUAGCGAGGGACGGAGAGAGAGGGGAGGGGCACAGUACAGGCAGGUCGGCCACCAGGCACACAGAGUCAGAACCGUUCACUAGGCCUAUCUGUCGGCAAUCAAAAGCUGUAUCUUGCAAUGGAAUGCUGUAUCUUGCAAUUUCUUGGCUUGCAAUGUCUCACAACUUCAGCAAAGCAGGGCCUAUCAUCAAUGAAUAGGCUAGGAUAUAGAGACGAGCGAGAUGCUACACUUUGCUCUCACACAAUCACACACUGUCUCUGUGCAUGUGCACGGGUUCGCUUCACGCUGCUCACACCAUGGUAGCCAGCCAGGGCACCAAAACAGGGGAAUGUUGAGCCUUGUGUUUCAACGCUCUUAGUUGUUGCUGAAAUUGUCCCACAAUGCUGUUUACUUUCUGCAUUUACGUAAAAAAACAAACAUUGUUUUUCAGUUAGGGAUUUUGCUUAACGUUAAGGAUCCUAAUUUCGUUUAAACUUUUUAACGUUUAAACGUUCACACCCCUAACACUAUGCAUGAUAGACGCCACUGAAUGAAAGUGCAACACACGAAAACGAAAAUCGAAAUUAAAUUAUAUCAUGUGGAGUUUCACCGAAAUUCACAAACUCCUGCUCAGUUCCUCUGGCAUGAACAUAGCCACAUCAUAUCGUAUGGAGUUGCACCUAUGUUUCACCCCUGCUAUGUUCCCCUGAUGUGAAUGCAGCAACCUUGUUUAACUUAAUUCCCCUGACAUUAAUUAAGCUACCUCAUUUCACUAAAUUCCCCUGACGUGAAUAAAGCUGCCUUGUUUCACUAAAUACCCCUGAUGUGAAUAAAGCUACCUUGUUUUGCUAAAUUCCCCUGACGUAAAUAAAGCUACCGUGUUUCACUAAAUCCCCCCUGAUGUAAAUAAAGCUACCUUGUUUCGCUAAAUUCUCAGUAGUUGGUACCUGCUAAAGUUUAAUUCUGAUGGUUUGUCAGCCUCGAUGCCACUGACAGAGAGAGAGGUCUGAAGACUGUUGGUUGUCACUAGCACUUUGAUGUCAUGUCUUUUCCCACACGCAUCAUCAAAAAGGGACAUUCAGCAGCUGUGAUGGGAAGAUACUCACUAUCAAAGGGGACGGUGACAAACACAUGGAGCGUUCUUGAAUGACGGAGGGUUGGUGUGUGUGUGUGUGUGUGUGUGUGUGUUUAGCUUCACCUGUCAUUUACAUUUACAUUUUAGUCAUUUAGCAGACGCUCUUAUCCAGAGCGACUUACAGGAGCAAUUAGGGUUAAGUGCCUUGCUUAAGGGCACAUCGACAGAUUUUUCGCCUAGUCGGCUCGGGGAUUAGAACCAGCGACCUUUCGGUUACUGGCACAACGCUCUUACCCACUAAGCUACCUGCAGCCAUUUACCUCCUGCUGUCCAAAAAAACACUGAGCUAAAUUAAAACGUAUUUAAAGAGCAAGACAUGCUGAACCAGCAACAUGUGAAGAUAGACGUGGCCGCCCUGCUGCUCAGAGAAAAGCAGAGUUAAAUGUAAAUUCAUAUGUGUGUGAUUGAUGGCUGAGAGUUGACAUGUACAUGUAAACAUCAAACAUCUCUCUCUCUCUUCUUCCCACAGUGCACCUUAAUUUGUGAGUCAUCACAGGGAACCCCAAACGACAAAGAUAAUAGCCCCCAGACGGGUGCUGGUAAGUUCAACUACGCUUGUUCCUUCUACCUUUUGAACACCUGUAAUUUGACUGCUGACUUCCAUCGUCAUGGCAACCCUGUAAUCACUGGGAAGCGCUUUAAGGCUAAUUGGAUCCCCUCUAAUUUGACCCCACUUCCCCCCCUUGUCUCACCAACCAACCCAACCUCUCCUAGUGAAAUUUAGUUUAUUAUGAAAAAUGGUUUAUUAUCACACAUGCUUUUUGCAUUUUCCCUUACAAACCCCUAUUACACCACUGCAAUUACCAUGACCUAGCGUUACCCCCAAAAGCAGCUUGAAAUUGACAUAGUGUAAUAAAGUCAUACAUUAAGUUAACCCCCCUAUACUUCUUGGUUUUCUUAUUGGAAAUUGCGCCGCCCUUGACUAACCUUGUCCCGCUAAAGAGAUUUGAAGUAUCAAUGGGGCUACCCAUUUUGAUUAAAGAAUUAAUAUUAUUCAUUCUCAGAUUAAAACGGGAAGCCUUGGCUUAAGUGAGUAAAGGGAGGGAGAGCCAGUUGACAGUAGAGAAUGUGUGAGACUUGGCCAAUAUGGGCUUUAAAGGGAUUCACCCCUUUGUAACCUUUUAUUCAUUAUCUGGAGCACCACACCAGUGUCUCCGAUGACAUCAUAGCGGGUAAUUUUCUUGGGACCUUUUCUUCUUUUCUAUUUGACUACAAAAUGUAGAAAAAAUAAUUUUCAAAGACCUAGACACUGGUAUAGGUGCAGGACAGAAUUAAUAUGAUGUAAAAAAAAAUAUUUAUAUAAUGGUGAAGUGCCCCUUUAAAGCAGGUUUUUAUAUCCUCAGACAAGGCGAAGGUCCGUCUGCCUCCCUUGGCUGCUCCAGUCCUGGUUCUGUAUCUGUUCUGUGUGGACUGGCUGUAGAGGCAGACAAGCGGAAGCGACGCAUUGUCGAUCCUGUGAUACCAAUUAAGGGAGAAGCCCCUGAAUGGCGCAACACACUCCGCUUGUUACCCAAGCACUGUGAGCGAAGAACCUAGAAGAAACACCAGGAGUGAGAAAAAGAGAGCGGGAAAGAGGGAGGGAGGAGGAGAAGGAGAGACUUGAGAAGGUCACUGCUCCCUGCUGUGUUGGGAGUAUAAAACCCUUCUUUCACUUUUCUUAUCCCUCGUUCCUCUCCAGAGGGGAAAUGAAACCCUUCUGAGGUUCCAACUCCUCCUCUUCUUCUUCUUUUUUUUUUAUUUCCCUGUCCUUAUUAUCGUAUCUUGGUACUUUCUAGAAUGUCUUAUCUUCCUCUUCUUCUCUGUCUCUAUUUCUGUCCUCAACGUGUGUUGGUAUGACUUUCCUUGCUGCUCCGUUCUCUAUACCCGUCGUCAUUGGCACUAGCUGUCGCAAUUAGCUAGCGAGCGGUGGGCACCAGGCGUGGGGUGGGUUGCAGGAAGGCGGGUGGCACAGCUGCGUUCCAUCACUAUAAUACGCUCCCCGCAGACUUAGCGAGAUUGACUAAUGCAAUUUAGCCCUUCACUUGUAUUACCUUUCAGAGGGGGGCAAGCGGAGAAGGAUACAUACACACACACACACACACACACACACACACAGGAGGGGGGGACGCCCAGGGAAGAAGUCGUUUCCUUAAGAGGUGUGGGGAGAGGAGGACGGAGCGAUCUGAUUGGCCUUCAGAUUAGCGUGGCGGCGGGGGGAGGUCAGAGGUUAAUCCGCUCCUUCGACCGCUGUAAGGUACCGGUCAUCCCUUCAUCUCGCUCUCCAUCUGUCCCUCUCUCCUCUCCCGCUCUCCUCUCCCGCUCUCCUCUCCUCUCCCUCUCUCCUCUCCCGCUCUCCUCUCCCUCUCUCCUCUCCCUCUCUCCUCUCCCGCUCUCCUCUCCCGCUCUCCUCUCCCUCGCUUUCUCUUUUUAAUUCUGACUUACUCUUUGAAAUGCCCUCUAGAAUCCUGUCCCUCUCCACACAGCAGCAGCAACAGUGUCAUUUAAUCCAAGAUCAAGGUCUCCAUUUCAAAUCAUAGCUAUACUUUUUUGAUGUUUACAUGAAUAUAAUGAUUAUGAAAAAAUUAUGCCUAAAAAGCUUAAAGGGCCCACCUCAGAGGAAGUUUCCGCACGUUUUUCGAGUAAUUCCUGUCCUCGUUUAGGGUCCAACUCGAAGACUGACACAGGCUGUUAAUACAUAUUCAGGAAUUGGGGGUGGGAACAUUGUGGUGAUUUCCCAGUGUAGCAGAGAAAUAACAACAAAUAGGGCACUGAUUGACAGCUGUCAGUGUAAUUAGCUAUCAUGCUAAGCUAACCUUAGCCAGCUAAUGAAAGUUAUGUGAGCACAAUUUCAGUUAUUAACUCACCUUAACCCUAACAUUAACAACACUGCUAACCUUAGCCUAACCCUAACCCUAAACUUACAUUAGGACCAAAAAAGGCAAAUGUUGGUUUUCAUGAAUUUGUACGAAAAAGCCAAUUAUGACAUUGUGGCUGUUUUAUCUAGUGGAAACCCAAGUGUAGGCUACAGAGAAAAGUUGUUUGGCUCUCAGACGACUCGCGAAUAGGAAGAACUUUGCAGAAGGUGUUUCUGGUUAAUAAACAUUGCCAUGCUGGUGGGUGGUAACAUUUAAAUAAAACCCAGCCCUGAAACUAAACGUAGGCUGAAAAUAAUUUCCACGUCAUCUCAUACUAAAAGGCACAGGAGACCCACGGAAACAUCCGAAGUCACACAUUCGAAUUUGGCACCUCAAGCCCAAAUAUAUCAUACUUUGACUAAAACGAUGGCUUAUUGACUUACAUCGUUGUGUGACACCAUGGGUAAGCUCUGGCCAUCAUCUUUCAGCUAAAAAAAAGUGAUUUUUUUCUGGUGUGGGAGUUUAACCCUUUCUUAUUUUUCACUUUUCACACUAGUGUGUUGAUUGCUGACCUCAGCCAUACUUUGCCAGAUCGUAUAUCAUCUUUUCACAUAGUCCUUUCUAGACUGGUUCCAGUAACUAUGGAUGGGCUUAGCUCUAGUGUGUACUAGCCAACCAGGGGCCUGAUUCCUACCUCUCUAACUGUCCUUGACACUGAACUGAACACUACAUUACUUCCCACCCCAGUGCCUCAAGUAAAAGUCAUCUCUGACACAUUAUCGUCCAAUUAGAAGGUCUCUCCACUGCCAUGCCGCCCCUCGCUGUGCCCGAACAUCCACACGGUUGUCACUACACUCUCCAACGCUCUGUUGCCUUCUGUAUGGAAUACCCAGGACAAAGUGCUCAGAAUAAGGCCCUGACAUUGAAAAGGGAUGACGGAGUGUGGGCUAGUCUCUGAAUUGAAUUUGCACCUUGGAAUGUAAAUGGAUGGCAAACGGGUGCAUAUGUUAACGGGGCCUCCUCUUCCCUCUCCUCUCCUCUCCUCUCCUCUCCUCUCCUCUCCUCUCCUCUCCUCUCCUCUCCUCUCCUCCAGGAGUUGGAAUUUCAAUACCACUGUUAGUUGGUUGGUUGCAGCUUCACAAGGAAGAGGGGAAGUGAUUUUAUUUUUUCAAGUGGAGGAAUAAGUGCUUGGGUCACACUUGUGAUUCCCAACCCGCCGUGCUGCGUAGCUUUUUUGGUGGCAUUACACAUCUUGGUGAAGUCUCUUCUUCUACCAUCGAAGCACUCCAGCUUAUUACUAUUGAGUGACUUCCUUCUAGAACGCUAGCGUGGCAUCGAAGAAAAGGAGCAACGGCAGCGAACUGCGAAUAGCUGUUUGAGGCGUACGGCUUUUUCCGGCUUUCUCGCCCACCGACUGCCAGGACACUGAUAAGAGUAUUAAAGCUGUUUUUUGGUUGCCGCAUGAUUGCCGCUAUUAGCCACUCUAAGAAGAAGGAGGAGGAGGAGUGGAAGGGUUGAAUUUGAAUGGGGUUUAAUAGGAGAAGACGGUGAGGCAAAGUUUGGGGAAUCAACCGUCUUUUCCCUUUCCUUCACUGCUCUAUCAUAAACAAGCAAUAUAAAUGGAAAUGGAAUGCAAUGAAGGGAUUGUUUAAUAUGGAAAGAAUCGUUUAAUGGACUUAGCUGAGAUAUCUUAUAUUCUUAAUUUUCUAAUACUUGGAGAGAGAGAUGGAGAAAGAGCGAUAGAGAGAGAGAUGUGGCUCUUGGAAGAUGAGAAGCAAGCAACAACCUUAUCUAUCGCAGACACAGUUAUUGAUUAUGGGAUUUCAUUUGCAGCAUAUGCCACAUGAAAAUACGUUUUUUGAAGGAUUUGAGUUUUGUCCUUGGGUUUUUCCCCGGUAUCAUAGUUUGUUUAGAACCAAAGCCCAUCGUCUGUUUAAUGUUUGUGAAACUUAGAAAUGUCUUUGAAGGUGUACGUAAUCAUUUUCAAUAUGUCAUGAUGGUUGAUACUGUAUGUCUCUCUCUCUUUCCCCCUUCUACUUCUCUCCCUCUUUAUCCCCCCCUUUUCCACCUCUCCCUCCCUCUUUCUCCCCCUUCUCCCUCCCCCUCCCCCUUCCUCUCUCUGUCUCGCUCUCUCCCUCUUUCUACCCUCCUUCUCCCCCUCUCCCUCUCCUCUCCACCUCCUCCCUCCCUCUCUCCCAGUCUUUAAGAACCCGGUGUGUAAGGUCUACAGGUUCCAGACGGUGGACAGUAAAUGGAUGCUGGUGAGAGAACAGAUGGAGGAGUGUACGCUGUCCUUCAGUAUCCCCAGACAGCUCCUCCACCUCUACAUCCAGGAAGACAUGAGGAGGUAAGAACAUAUCUAGGAUCAGUUUACCCGGAUCAGUUUACCCAAGCCUUUACUGAACCACUGGGAGGGACAAAGCAAAACCUGACCUUGGAACACUAUUACAUAUGGGAUAAUGACUUGUCUUUAUAAGCACAGAGAUUUGUGAGAAGGUAACGGCAGCUGAUCGAGGAUCAGGUAUCCCUACCCUAAGGCCAAACUUAACCACUGGGAGGUAUACAUCAAAACUGACCUCGGAUCAGUGCACAGGGAGAGGACGACAACAGACUUUAAUCUCAUUGAGGUUGUCUCUGACUAUAAGUGCAGACCUAAGAUCUAUUGUAACAACCUUACUCCAAGCCUAAAUCUAACCACUAAGUGGUACAUUGCAUUCAUUUGAAUAGGGGUACUAUAGCUCUGGGCCUGCCUACAUCAACAGGCCUAUUUCAGAGAUGUAAAUGGUGGUUUAAGAGCUAUACUUAGAGAGGAUUGAAUUAUUCAGGUAUGUUUAACACUUCAAAAGGGGAUUGUUGUAUGCCUGCACACUAGUCAAUCAGCAACACACACACAGAUGUACACCUGCAUACAGACACAGACAUUUGCGCACACACAGAGAGAGAGAGAGAGUGAAAGAGAAGGAGAGGGUGAAAGAGAGAGAGAGAGAGAAAAGGAGAGGGUGAAAGAGAAGGAGAGGGUGAAAGAGAGAGAGAGAGAGGGUGAAAGAGAGAGAGAGACACCGACUCCCCCCAACACUGCAUUGUUGUGAACAAAGUCCUGGAGCUUUAUCGAGCUGAGAGUGGCUUUGAGGAAGAUGAAGGAACUGUGUCACUAAUUGACUCUGCUCUUGAUCUUGUUAGCUAAUUAGUGGUCAAAGUGGCCACAAAAUGAUGAAGAAAAAGGGAUGUGUAUUGAAACCAAAAUUAUUCUAUAUGACGCUUGAAUCCCCCCGGAAUGUUAAUGUUCCUAAUGUAGUGUUAAUGGAACAUUAUACUCAACAAACAUUAAAGUUUGUCAGAUGUUUUCAUACCUCAAUAGUAGUCUGAUGAAAUUGACAUUAGACUACUUUUGGAGUCUGGAAACAUCUGACAAAAUUAGAUCUGGUAGUUUAAUGUCUCUUCUUUAACCACAGUUAACCCUCAUUAACCCUCAGUUAACCCUCCCUCGGCAGGUCCAGUUUUGUCAUUGUACUCAAUAAAGGAAAGGUUAAGAUGCUGCCAGUGAAUAGAUGCUCCUAAUCAGUUUAUAAGAGAGAAGCCGCUGUGCUGGGUAAGUGGAUCUCAGUGUUCUGUCUGUCAGGACAGAUCAUUCCUCAACACGCCCUCCGUCCCUAGCAAUCCCUCAUAAUCCCCCCCCUCUGUCAUAUAGUCCCUCGGUCGGCAAGUGGUCGGUCUCAUGGUCAGAGGGAGCAUCCCAAAUGGCACCCUAUUCCCCUUAUAGUGCCCUACGGGCCCUGGUCAAAAGGAGUGCACUAUAAGGGAAUAGGGUUCCAUUUGGGAUGCAUGGAGUGACCCCAUCGGCCCGCUAGUUUGGAAUCCCAAGUCAUUAAACUAGAUUAGAACAUUCUCAGACCAAGGUUUCCCUCAAGUUCUAGAUUAGAACAUUCUCAGACCAAGGUUUCCCUCAAGUUCCCUCCCUUAAAAGCUAUUAUUUAAGCCUUAUUACUAUCUGGUCUAUUGCCUCUAGACUCUAACCUCUCUUGAUACUUGCAGUCUGAGUAGAACAAUACUUUAAAGCUAGAGUCCUUCAUUGAAACUAUAACAAAGCCAGCACCCCACCUCUGUUUUGGUAAAAAGCUAAGGGAUGGGCCUGGAGAAAUGUAACGACUCUCAAAUUCAUAGACGGAGCUAUGGAUGCAAGAACUGACCAUAAAAAUGAUAGUUUUGAAGCUAUACAGUUUUUUUUUUUACGUUAACAUUGUUUACAAACAUUAGAUCAAAACAAGCAGAUAUUUUGGCUUCUGAUUGGGUAUGAGAGUUAAACUAAGCUCAUGAGGCAUUUAUAAGUUAUAUUGUUCAAGAAUCAAUGGGUAUAUAUAAUUCAUUUAUAAGUCCAAAAAUGGAAAUAGCAACUAAGAUUCUAGCUUGAACUAUUGUGUGUCUGACAUUUUGUUUGCAACUGCCCGAGACACAUUUGGAAAGCAGCCACUGCACAUAUUCAGAAAACGAUCUCGCUCUGUCACUGUAUACAAUGGCUGUGUAUGACACAUGCUCAAAAACACAAGUACCGUAUUGAGUUUGUUAACCACCACACAGCAAUGUAUAUAUACACUGCUCAAAAAAAUUAAGGGAACACUUAAACAACACAAUGUAACUCCAAGUCAAUUACACUUCUGUGAAAUCAAACUGUCCACUUAGGAAGCAACACUGAUUGACAAUACAUUUCACAUGCUGUUGUGCAAAUGGAAUAGACAACAGGUGGAAAUUAUAGGCAAUUAGCAAGACACCCCCAAUAAAGGACUGGUUUUGCAAGUGGUGACCACAGACCACUUCUCAGUUCCUAUGCUUCCUGGCUGAUGUUUUGGUCACUUUUGAAUGCUGGCGGUGCUUUCACUCUAGUGGUAGCAUGAGACGGAGUCUACAACCCACACAAGUGGCUCAGGUAGUGCAGCUCAUCCAGGAUGGCACAUCAAUGCGAGCUGUGGCAAGAAGGUUUGCUGUGUCUGUCAGCGUAGUGUCCAGAGCAUGGAGGCGCUACCAGGAGACAGGCCAGUACAUCAGGAGACGUGGAGGAGGCCGUAGGAGGGCAACAACCCAGCAGCAGGACUGCUACCUCCGCCUUUGUGCAAGGAGGAGCAGGAGGAGCACUGCCAGAGCCCUGCAAAAUGACCUCCGGCAGGCCACAAAUGUGCAUGUGUCUGCUUAAACGGUCAGAAACAGACUCCAUGAGGGUGGUAUGAGGGCCCAACGUCCACAGGUGGGGGUUGUGCUUACAGCCCAACACCGUGCAGGACAUUUGGCAUUUGCCAGAGAACACCAAGAUUGGCAAAUUCACCACUGGCGCCCUGUGCUCUUCACAGAUGAAAGCAGGUUCACACUGAGCACGUGACAGACGUGACAGAGUCUGGAGACGCCGUGGAGAACGUUCUGCUGCCUGCAACAUCCUCCAGCAUGACCGGUUUGGCGGUGGGUCAGUCAUGGUGUGGGGUGGCAUUUCUUUGGGGGGCCGCACAGCCCUCCAUGUGCUCGCCAGAGGUAGCCUGACUGCCAUUAGGUACCGAGAUGAGAUCCUCAGACCCCUUGUGAGACCAUAUGCUGGUGCGGUUGGCCCUGGGUUCCUCCUAAUGCAAGACAAUGCUAGACCUCAUGUGGCUGGAGUGUGUCAGCAGUUCCUGCAAGAGGAAGGCAUUGAUGCUAUGGACUGGCCCGCCCGUUCCCCAGACCUGAAUCCAAUUGAGCACAUCUGGGACAUCAUGUCUCGCUCCAUCCACCAACGCCACGUUGCACCACAGACUGUCCAGGAGUUGGCGGAUGCUUUAGUCCAGGUCUGGGAGGAGAUCCCUCAGGAGACCAUCCGCCACCUCAUCAGGAGCAUGCCCAGGCGUUGUAGGGAGGUCAUACAGGCACAUGGAGGCCACACACACUACUGAGCCUCAUUUUGACUUGUUUUAAGGACAUUACAUCAAAGUUGGAUCAGCCUGUAGUGUGGUUUUCCACUUUCAUUUUGAGGGUGACUCCAAAUCCAGACCUCCAUGGGUUGAUAAAUUUGAUUUCCAUUGAUAAUUUUUGUGUGAUUUUGUUGUCAGCACAUUCAACUAUGUAAAGAAAAAAGUAUUUAAUAAGAUUAUUUCAUUCAUUCAGAUCUAGGAUGUGUUAUUUUAGUGUUCCCUUAAUUUUUUUGAGCAGUGUAUUAUUCACUACAAGGUAGAUGGGGAGUUGAAGCGUUUGUUUAUAAUCCUCUUUGAACGAUUUCAGGCGUUAGCUUCCUCUUGGUUCUGUGGAAAAACUCAAUCAGGCUUUACCCUUUAAUGAUUAAGUUACGCCUUUUAAGACUGUGAAGUGACAAACACACACACACACACACACACACACACUGUGAAGUGGCUGAUGGCUUAGUCUCCUUCCCCAGCACCACUUUAUGCUAGUGGUGGCAUCUCUUUUUCUCUUCUCUUCAUCCCUCGUUCCCUUUGAUGUUGACAGCCAUGUUCCAACCUUAUCAACGUGCCUCCUCUUUCUACUAUCAACAUGCCUGUUUAAUCUUUGUCCUUUUGUGUGGGUGUGUGGCUCUUGUGUGGCUCUUUGUGUGUGAGUGACUGUGUGUGUGUGUGUGCCAAUUAUGGAUGUGUGUGUGGGCGUUAAAUAAUAUUUAUCCUUGUUUUUCUAUGAAUUGAUCUGAUCGUUUCAUUAAUUCCGAGCUACGCCUACGUUCCUUCUCCAUUCAACAAGGAGUAAAUGAACUGUGGUCCUCUGUAGCUCAGCUGGUAGAGCACAGCGCUUGUAACGCCAAGGUAGUGGGUUCGAUCCCCGGGACCACCCAUACCUAAAAAUGUAUGCACACAUGACUAAGUCGCUUUGGAUAAAAGCGUCUGCUAAAUGGCAUAUUAUUAUGACACUCUGCAGGGCGUGUGUGUGUGUAUAUGUUUGUUUGUGUGUGUGUGUGUGUUUGUGCAACACGGUGGGCCAAACACUAAGACAACACAUAGUCCUCUGACUGUCAAUGUCCUCCCUCCCAUUUACUCCCCUAAAUGGCAUAUUAUUAUAUUAUAUUAUUAUUAUUAUUAUUAUUAUUAAUAUUAUAUUAUAACUGAUAAUCUUCAGCUCCUGUGAACUAAAGAGCAUCACAGUGGUUGAUACUGUGGUUGGUGGUUGAUACUGUGGCCUCUAUACUACAUUUCAGUAAAGCACACUAUAUGAAAACCAGUAGGCUAUAGUUCUCUAUGUACUUGGCCGUCUACAGUAAAGGAGGCAGGUUGGGUUGUAAUAUUGACCCCAGGCCCAAAGCUCUUGGUGAUUAAAUUGAACAGGCUACUAUAACACAGCAUGAAAUAAAGGCUCUCACAUGACAGGUCUUUGUUAUUUGGAAAAUGUAUUCUGUAGCCCUCAUCUGUCCAAGUCAGUUUGAACAUAACAGCCCUCUCGCUCUCUCGCUCUCUCUCUCUCUCUCGCUCUCUCUCUCUCUCUCUCUCUCGCUCCAUCUCUUGCCUUUUCUUUCUGCUUGUCUGUCUGAGGCCUCUUGUCUUCUUUUGCCCUCAGUCCCUACUGUGUCUUGUUCUUCAAGUCUCACAGUCCCUAUCUCAUGUCAAUCUUCUCUGCCUUUGUCUCUCUCUCUCUCUCUCUCUCGCUCUCUCCCUCCUUCAUCUUCCCAACUCAGUACCUCUUAAGGCCUGUGACUCAUUGCCACCCCCCCCCCCCCCCCCCUCCGUCUAUCUCUCUCUUCCCCUCUCUCUAUCUCACUGGCGUAACACAGUUUGUCUGGACCCCCCCCCCCCCCCCCCCCCCCCGCAAGGUCGGAGUUUCAUUAUGCAGUGUACUAUCUAUAGCUUCCCUACUCAGUGUCCUUCUUAAGGCUUGUGACUCAGUCUCCCCCCUUCUACACCCACUGACCCCCAACCACUGCUGUCUGCCCAGCAUCAAAAUAACACGUCUGGUUUGGGGCUGGGGCUGACGCCUCCUGAUACACAAAUAACAGUGGUUUAGACAGAAGGAUAUGGAUUACACUGAAUGGCUGCAAUCUGCUAAAGAGCAUGGUAUGGUGUUUGAUAAAGUGGCUAUAGCGGUGGAAUCAGAUAGCAUCACACAGAGAGCAUCUCACACACACACACACACACACACACAUACACACACACUGCAUCCUCUCAUGAGCCUUAGAGCCCUCUCCAAACCCAAGUGGAUGGCUGGGUUAGAACAAUAUGUUUGAUUGAAGCAUCGAGGCCACAUGGAGUGGGUCUGCUUUCAACCUCACUACCCCAACCCCCACGACACGACACCUAUCUGAACGUCCCCAUCUCCUACUCUGCGACAGGGCCAAUAUCAUUAUCUCUGUCAGCAGUGGUUUCGGAUUACCAUACAGAACAAAGAGAAACAAUCAUUUUUUUCUCCGUCUUCUACCCCAAAAUGAUACUAGGGAAUAUUUCUGUCCUGUUUUAGAAGAAAUCGGGUGCCUUUUGUGCACUGACUAAUUUAAAAAAGAUGCUAAUCUUCUGCUUGAAAGCAUUAAGGCUACACAGGGAUGCUUUGAGUCGGGAACUUUACAUGGGAACUCAUCAUUGUUCUCAGAGGAAAUCUCCACACAAUUAAGGGUGGCUGAUCUUAACUGGUAACGAGAUACCGGAAUGAGAUUGUCACGACUUCCUCCGAAGCUGCCACCCCUCCUUGUUUGGGCAGGCUUUGGUGUUCGCCGUCACCAGCCUUCUAGCCACUGCCGCUCCUCAUCUCAUCAUUCCAUUUGUUUUGUCUUGUUUAUUACACACACCUGGUUCAUAUCCCCUCAUCAGUACCUGUAUAAGUGUUCUAUCUGCUCCCCUUGUCUUUGUGUGUGAUAUUUCCCUGUGUGCGUUGUAUUUUCCAGUGCUCCUGUUUUGACGCAUUGCUGCGUAACUCUGUGGUUCAGAAUAAAUCCUGUUAUUCUGUGAUUUACCCCCCUGCGCCUGACUCCUUCGAAAUCACCUCAUCACAGAGAUAUUGAAGUUCACUUUUUACUGAAUAUUCUGGAAGCGAAAAGAUGGAAGCCCACCUGGUUCGACUAUUCGUUUUUUAAACUUGAAAUCAUUCUAUGGACAAGGACUGCAAUCCACGCUGGUUUUGUUAAACUAGCCACUGUCAAGAAUUGCUAAUAAGGAAACAAAUACGUAAAUAUGUGAAAUCACAGACCUAUCCCUUUAACUCCCUCCCAUGAUGUUGAAUCAAAGCCUCCCUAUGGCCGUUACCCACAACCCACCUGGGGAGCAUGGCCGCACUGCGUCUUGGUCACAGAGCAACGCGUGCCCCCGCUAGGUUUGCCACAGCGCUGGUGUUAUUUAGGUCCUUACAAUCCGCCAUUCUUGGGACAUCCCUACCACAUUGUAGUUGACAUUUAAAAUGGUUAUGGUUAGGGUUAGGUAGAGCUGGGCCGAUAAAUGAAAAUUAUCGACACCGAUCAUUCUGAUCACUUAUCGCAGGCAGUUUGCUGACAUCGUUCAUUACGAUAAGUAGCUUAUACUAGAGAAAUGUGAAGUUUGAAAUUGAUUAAGUUUGCCAAUAUGGGUGAUUGUUAGUGGGACAAUUGAUGGCUACAACCAUAAAACUAGUAGUAGUAGUUUAAAGGAUAAUAAUAAAAAAAGGUGGUGCACAUUAAUGUUAAAAACUAUUUGUGUAUCAUUCUAUUUAUCAUUAUCACAUCAAUUCAGGCAAUUUAUCGCGAUAUGGAUUUGUGUCUGUAUCGCCCAGCUCAAGGGUUAGGGUUAGGUUAUGGUUAGGUUAUGGUUAAGGUUAGGUUAUGGUUAAGGUUAGGGUUGGAGUUAAGGUUAGGGUUUAGGGUAGGGACGUCCCAAGGAUUCCGGAUAGUACUAACUGUGUUAUUUACUCAUGUUGUUUACAACCGCAGAGAGAGAGAGGGGGUACACUUUAAGGUGGAAAGGGGGGUUGUGGGGAAAUGUUAACUGCACCUGGGCAGCAUGGCACUAUCCAUCUGGCUAAGUUCACUCCUGUUCCAUCGUCAGUUGGGUUUUGUGAGGUGAGAGGGUGGAGGGGAGAGAUGUGAUACUUUACAUGUCCCUUAAUCUCUCACAAAAUACACAUCAUGCAAACAUUUCGGAUAUGUUUGCAAAUGAAUUAGAAUAGAUCAAACAGUCUGAUAAUAUAUUCUUAUAAUGGCUCAUUUACAUUUUAGUCAGUCUGAUGAGCAGCACAACACUGUCUGUAGUCUAAGAUACGUUGGAUCCAUUGUCAACAAUAACACCUCUCUAUUAAAGCAAAGAGCCCACUGAAUCCCCCUACGUAUCAUUGAGAUCAAGGCCUUCUUUACAAUGGAGACUACAGGCACGACGUUUCAUAUCACAACAUCUGAUCACAGCCAUUCAGAUGAUAACUGCCACCCAGCCGUCUAAGGAUACAUACACACACAGGCGGUAGCCUGGGUAUCAGCUUGGACGCCUCCGGCGACGGGUGGUUAUUUCCUUGGCAACGACCUCAGUUUACCUCGGCCCCUAAUGGCAACGUGUAGGGGUCUUUCGGCCCUCCGGCUGCACGCCUCACACAGACACACUCACACACACACGCCUCGCUAUGAGAUGAAACAGGUUGCCGCGGCGAUCGACUAGAAAAGGACUAGAUAGAGGGGUUUAUUAUUGGUUAAUGGAAUUUGGAUGGUAGGAUGUCUCUGACUGGGAGAAGAGAAGAAGGGGUGAUGAUGGGAAACUAGUGGAUAAGUGGACAAAAUGGCUUCUAGCCUGAGGGUGAGAUUUGUUUAAUAAAGAUCAGUCUAUGGGCUAAGCAGUGAGGCUCAGGGAUGGGGUAAAUGGUGUGUGUGCGUGUGCAUUUGUGUGUAUACACUCGUCUGUGUGCUUGCGUGUGUGUAUGCGUGCUUCCUUGCGCGUGUCAGUCUGUGUGUGUGUGUGUGUGUGUGUGUCUGUCUGUUCCUGCAUGCAUCAGAGAGGUGUUAAACAGUCUGUUAAUACACCCACCACUGUGACAGUUAGGGUCAUAUGACUCAAACCAGAAGACAAUGAGCAACAUUAGUCACAGUGGAGUCAAUCUAACCGUGCUAUUUGCCAUGGGCCAGCAAAAUAGCAUUAGAUGAUGGCAGGGUGUCAUAGAAUAGGUUCAGUCUGGCUGGAUAAUACUGUAUGUGGUUGUGGUGAACCUGCCAAAGCAAUCUUUAUGCAAUGUCUUACAAAAUGCAUGUUGCUUACUGCCGCACACCUACUUCUUAUUGAAAUGUUGCAAUGUGGGUUUCAAAUGCAUUGCUCAAGGUCAGGCUUCCCAAUAUUCUGUAAUGAUCUGUAUCCUCUUAGUGACAUUCCUGUAUAUCUCUACCCAGUAAAGACAGAACAGGAUAUGCCUUCCUUCUGAGCCGGGAUCCUCUCUAGGUUUCUUCCUUCUACAGAGUUUUUGUUUAGUUUCCUGGCCACUGUGCUUCUGCUUAUGUCUCUGCUUGCUCUUUGUGGUCUAGGCCGUGUUUCUGUAAAGUCACUUUCAAAUCAAAUCAAAUUUUAUUGGUCACAUACACGUGUUUAGCAAAUGUUACUGCGGGUGUAGCGAACUGCUUGUGCUUCUAGCUCCGACAGCACAGUAAUAUCUAGCAAGUAAUAUCUAACAAUUUCACAACAUAUACCCAAUACACACACAUCUAAGUAAGGAAUGAAUUAAGAAUAUACACAUAUAUGGACGAGCGAUGUCAGAGCAGCAUGGACUAAGAUACAGUAGAAUAGUAUACACUUUGUGAUAACUGCUGAUGUAAAAAGGGCUUUAUAAAUCAAAUGUAUUGAUUGAUUGACUAUCUCUCUCUUCUUACUUUCUCGCUCCCUUUCUGUGUCGAUGGGAUAUGGGUUUGAUUGAACUGAGCUGACAGAGUCUGGUUGAGAAACUCCUUGUACUCCGUAACGAUCCAUGUGUCUCUCAUUGACAUUCCCUGUGGAUCCCCUGUCGUUCCAGGAUACAGGAGCUGAGGGACCUUGGGGAACUGUCUCCCCACUGGGACAACCUGAGGAAGGAGGUGAUUGCCCGUUAUGGACAGGUCAUAGCUGUCUACCAGGAGACCCUGGUUGAGCUGAAUAAGAUCACUGGUAAGACUUGCUACAUGCACACAAGGGCACGCAGACACACAUUCAAGCGUGCACAUGCUUGUACACGCAUGGACACACACAUAGUCACUAUACGCACACACAUAUUUACACUAUGCACACACACACUGCUUUAUGCCCUAUACCAUGCUAUAAUUCUCUCUACCUCUUAGAAGAGUAGAGGUACCCUUGGGAAGAAGCAAGAAUUUCUGAAAUCCCUCUUUGUGAACGCCCUUGCUGAAUUUUUCUUGUUUGUGUUUUGUUUGGCCUUUUCUUGUUUUUGUUCAUCACAUUGCCAAUGUUUCUGUAAUUGCCAAUGUUUCACGGUUCAACCUUGUCACACAGACAAACACAUGUUCCUAUGUCUCCAGUGGAUUCGGAUGCAGUGGCUACCUUUGUACUUAUCUUUGCUUGGUAAAGAGAUGGAGUCUUGGGUCAUGAGACAAUGACUUAUCAGUGACCCAAGUCCUGCUCAGAUAAUCCCUACCAUUGUGUCACUGAGUUGUCAUAGUGCUGCUACAAAUGUACAUUGUCCCAGGGGUGUUGUCAGUCAUAAUGGAAGUAACCUAAUUUAUGUUCCUCUAACUCCCCUGAAUGCCUCUGUCAAUCCAACAGCUAUUGUCAGCAGUAAUCAUGUGAGUUAUACUGUUAGCGCUGGGGCGGUUUGCCCUAGUAGGAAGCCCACUGUGUGCAGUUCACCCUGCACUAUCAGCUCAAACAUAAAUAUCACUGUCAUGUCUACCUCUGAUAAGCCUCCCAGUAAAGCAAUAAAAACAAUCAAGCAUUCCAGAAAAGUACUAAAAAUAGCCCACAUUAACAUAUAGUGUGUAGCCUAAGAAACAAGGUUCAUGAAAUCGCUAAGGGUAUUUACAAACAGCACAGGAAUUAAAUAAUCCACAUGUGUUGAUCAGAUCUUUACUAAUGCUGCAGAAAUAUGCUCUAAAGCAGUAUCCACAUCCAUCGGAUGUAGUGAUCAUAAUAUAGUAGCCAUAUCUAGGAAAACCAAAGUUCCAAAGGCUGGGCCUAAUUUAGUGUAUAAGAGGUCAUACAAUAGUUUUUUUAGUGAUUCCUAUGUUGAAGAUGUAAAGAAUAUUUGCUGGUCUUUGGUGUGUAAUGAGGAGCAACCAGACGCUGCACUUGACGCAUUUAUGAAAUUGCUUAUUCUAGUUACUAAUAAGCAUGCACCCAUUUAAGAAAAUCACUGUUAAAUCCCUGUGGAUUGAUGAAGAAUUGAAAACAUUUAUGGUUGAGAGGGACGAGGCAAAAGGAAUGGCAAAUAAGUCUGGCUGCACAGCUGAUCGGCAAACGUACUGUAAAUUGAGAAAUCAUGUGACUAAACUAAACAAAAAGAAGAAGAAACUGUAUUAUGAAACAAAGAUAAAUUAUGAAUAAAGAAUUAUAGUAAAAAGCUUUGGCACACCUUAAAUACAAAUUUGGGCAAAAACGCGAACUCAGCUCCAUCAUUAAUUGAAUCGGGUGGCUCAUUCGUCACAAAAUCCACUGAUAUUGCCAACUACUUUAAAGGGAUACUUUGGGAUUUUAGCAAUCAAGCCCUUUAUCUACUUCCCCAGAGUCAGAUGAACUUGUGGAUAUCAUUUUUAUGUCUCUGCGUGCAGUUUGAAGGAAGUUGCUAACUAGCGCUUUCGCAAUUGCUAACUAGCGUUAGCAAUUCCAGUCAUUGCACUAAUGCUAGGUAGCAUUGGCUCACGAAGCUGCUUCUAACUUCCUUCAUACAGAUACGUAAAAAUGGUAUCCACGAGUUCAUCUGAUUCUGGGGUUCAUCUGACUCUGGGGAAUUAUCCCUUUAAUGAUUUUUCCUAGGCAAGAUGAGCAAAUUUAGGCAUGACAUGCCAACAACAAAUUCUGAACCUACACAACCAUGCAUAACUGACGAAAUUAUGAAAAACAAGCAUUGUCAUUUUGAAUUCCGUAAAGUGAGUGUGGAAGAGGUGAUUUUUUGGGGGGUCUAUCAACAAUGACAAGCCACCUGGGUCUGACAACUUGGAAGGAAAAUUACUGAGGAUGAUAGUGGACUAUAUUGGCACUCCUAUUUGCCAUCUCUUCAAUCUAAGCCUACAGGAAAGUGUGUGCCCUCAGGCCUGGAGGAAAGCAAAAGUAAUUCCGCUACUCAAGAAUAGCAAAGCACCCUUUACUGUCCCAAGCAGCCAACCAAUCAGCCUGUUUUGAUAAAAAUUGUGUUUGACCAGAUACAGUGCUAUGUCACAGUAAGCAAAUUAACAACUGACUUUCAGCACGCUAAUAGGGAAGGGCACUCAGCAUGUAUAGUACUUACACAAAUGACUGAUGAUAAGAUAAUAAGAAGAUUGUUGGAGCUGUUUUGUUAUACUUCAAUGCAGCUUUUGACAUCUUCAAUCAUAAUCUGCUGCUGGAAAAACUUGUGUUAUGGCUCUACAUCCCCUGCUAUAUCGUGGAUUGAGAGUUAUCUGUCUAACAGAACACAGAGGGUGUUUUUUAAUGGAAGCUUCUCCAACAUAAUCCAGGUAGAGUCGGGCAUUCCCCACGGCAGCUGUCUAGGCCCCUUACUCUUUUCUAUCUUUACUAAUGACCUGUCACUGAGUAAAGCCUGUGUGUCUAUGUAUGCUGAUGACUCAACAUUAUACACGUCAGCUACCACAGAAAGUGAAAUCACUGAAACACUUAACAAAGUGCUGCAGUCAGUUUUAGAAUGGGUGGCAAGUAAUAAGCUAGUGCUAAAUAUUUCAAAAACUGAAAGCAUUGUAUUUGGUUCAAAUCAUUAACUAACCCCUAAACCUCAACUAAUUCUUGUAAUGAAUAAUGUGGAAAUUGAGAAAGUUGAGGGGACUUAACUGCUUGGUGUAAUCCUGGAUUGUAAACUGUCAUGGUCAAAACAUAUUGAUGCAACGGUAGCUAAGAUGGGGAGAGGUCUGUCUGUAAUAAAGCGCUGCUCUGCUUUCUUGACAUUGCUAUCAACAAAACAAGUCCUAAAGGCCCUUGUUUUGUCGCACCUGGACUACUGCCAAGUCAUAUGGUCAAGUGCCACAAAAAGGGACAUAGGCAAAUUACAGUUGGCCCAGAACAGAGCAGCAUGGCUGGCCCUUAAAUGUAUACGGUGAGCUAACAUCAAUGACAUGAAUGUCAAUCUCUCCUGGCUCAAAGUAGAGGGGAGAUUGACAUGCAUGUCAUUGAUGUUAGCUCUCCGUGUACAUUUAAGGGCCAGCCGUGCUACAUCACUACUUGUCUUUGUGAGAGGUACUGACAUGUUGAAAGCACCGAGCUGUCUGUUCGACUGGCACACAGCUCAGACACCCAGGCAUACCCCACAAGACAUGCUACCAGGGGUCUCUUCAAAGUCCUCAAGUCCAGAACAGACUCUGGAAAAUGUACAGUACUACACAGAGCCAUGACUAAAUCAGAUUUAAAAAAACAGAUAAAACUACACCUUAUGGAACAAUGUGGACUGUGAAGAGACACACAGGCACACACAUACACUAGCACACUCACUCUACACAAACGUACUGUAUGUAUGGUGGUAUUAUAAAUAUAAUAUAGAUAUGUAGUGAUGUAAUAAUUGUACUGUUUUAUUUUACAGAUUUUUUUUUUUGGUUGCCUUGAUUUGUUUGGACCCCAGAAAGAGUAGCUGCUGCCUUAGCAGGAACUAAUGGGGAUCUAUAAUAAACCCUAGGAAGAGUAGCUGCUGCCUUGGCAGGACCUAAUGGGGAUCCAUAAUAAACCCCAGGAAGAGUAGCUGCUGCCUUGGCAGGACCUAAUGGGGAUCCAUUAUAAACCCCAGGAAGAGUAACUGCUGCCUUGGCAGGACCUAAUGGGGAUCCAUAAUAAUCCCCAGGAAGAGUAGCUGCUGCCUUGGCAGGACCUAAUGAGGUCCUUAAUAAAUACAAAUACAAAUAUGCAUUUUGGGCAUUUCUGUUAUGAUAUGGAGAUAUUGUAGUUGAUGCCAGUGAAUGCCAAAUCAGCUUGGAAGACAUUCCCAACUUUUAAUCUUUGAAGUGCAACAUUUUUGGUAAACAAUCAGAACUAGGCACUGUUAAUAUUGAGAAAGUUGGGAUUUUAUUUUCAAAAAUUGUGACUAGGAAAUGCUGCCCUAUGUGCCAGCCGGCUCGAUGGGAAUGAGAGAGUGAGUGACGAAACCUGAACAAGAAAAACUCUGGGCCUAUUUUUACAGUCUAUAAUGUGGCCAGGUCACGUAGCCAUUAAAAUAACCCUCCCAGCCAUAUAUAAAACAGAAUUACAUAUUUCACAUUAUCGUACAGACAGUCGAUGUCACAUAUCGAGUUGAACUCAUCUGACUAAUGUUUGAAUAAUUGAUGCGUGUCGAUUGGAUCCGGAAUUGAAUCCUGGGUAAAAAAAUGACACCGGGUGAGGACUGAGGCCUUGGGGACCGUAGUAUCGAUGGCCGCCUCAAGUCAUCUUUCUUUCUUCUCUUCAACUUUACCUUCUUCCUGGAGAGCAGAAAACACUCUCUCCUGUGUUUCUGUCUUCUGCUGCCUUAGUUUCCAUGGCAACAAGUUUCUACGGGGUUAAGGGGGAUAAUUAAGAAUUACGUGGUAAUAAUUUUGUUUACGAGGGGAAGCUGAUUGAGUGCUACUCUGUGUGUGUGUGUGGCUUCAUCUGAUAUUUGUAGGGUUUACACGCUUAUCCUGCUGAUUCCUACUGACAAGAUGCAGAACAAAACUUAGACACUUAACUGUGUCGCUGAAUUACACACACACACACACACACACUCUCACACGCACUCACACACACACACUCACAGAUCCACCCACACACACACCUUCACCCCUAACUACUCACAUCCACUAUGUUGCACAAAAUGACAGAUAUUAUUUGGCACUAUCAAAUUAUCUAUUUCUGUCCUCGACCAAAUUCAAUAGACUUCCACAACACGAUGCUUGAUGGGUCACAGCACGAGCCAUAACACCUCUCUCUCUCUCUCUCUCUCUUUUUCUCUCACUCUAUCCCUCCAUCCCUCCAUUCCUCUAUCGACCCUCUAUCCCAGCGUUCCUUGGGUCCCAGCGGCCAUAGAAUCCUGACGGAGUGA